AUGAACGCUAUUGUUGCUUUGAUCUCUGCUGUCAGCGUCUUCGCUGUCUCUGCUGCUUUCGUUGACUUUGCCGGCAACAGUGCCGUCGUCAAGGGUGUCCACCAUGGUGCCCAUGUUGCUCACUUUGUCGCCGGUGGUGCCGAUGUCAAUGGUCUCAAGUGCGGUGCUAACUUCGAGUGGGCUUUGCCCGAGGGCAAGUUCCUCAAGGAAGUCUUGGCCUUCUCUCACUGCAAGAAAGGUGGUCUUGUUUUGUUCCACGUUUCCUUCGUUGAUGGAUCUGAGGGCUUCUUCCAUGUCGUUGGUGGUGUUGCUGAGGAGCUUGCUCACCGUGUCUGGUUCGGAAAGCUCGCCAAGGGUACCUGCAAGCAUGCUCCAGCCCUUGCUGGCUUGCCACAUCAUGCUGUUUUGGCUGACUUGGCUCAUGUCUUGGCUUAA